AUGGGUGUGUCGAACUGGCUGUGGAGCGAGCACUUCUGGCUGCCAGAGCGGGUGGAAUGGUCGGAUUUUGCGCCACGAAUGGUCGAUGGAAAACUGAUUUACUUUCCUCAAUUUCAUGAACUUAGUUAUGGUCUACUUUUUGGAUUUUUACUUCUGUUUUUAAGGGUUUUCGUGGAAAGUUUCAUCCAACUGCCAGCCGGCUACUUUUUGGGCUAUAUCAACUUGUCAAAAGGACAGUCAGUGAUUGACGCUGGCUUCAGACACUUUUUUGGAGGUUGUUUUGGUAAGAUUUUUGAUUUUUUGCUUUGUUUUUAGGUAAAAACACGGCCGAAAAAUGGUUUUACACAACGAUGGGAGCACGUUAGAAGUUUAGUACCUAUCUAUUCUUACCUUUGUUAACGAUCCACUGCUUUUAGUCCAAUCCCGAUUCAAGCGAGUAGCCGAAACCGUGUGGCGAUUGGUAUAUUACACUGGAAUCUGGUUCAUCGGCCUCUAUGUUCUUCACGAUCAGCCACAGUGGAAUAAUAUCGAUGACGGUUGGCGCAACUACCCAUUCCAUCCGGUCGAGAACAAAGUUUGGUGGUACUACAUGGUACAAUCCGGAUUUUACUGGUCGCUGCUUAUCGGGUAAGGAGAAUAUGGGUUGAGACUUUGUUCCAGCGGCUUUCAGGGGGUUGGAAGGAAAUUUUGUGUUUUUUUAAGUUUUGUAAAGAAAGUUCUUGCCGUUUUUUGUUUUGUAAAGAAAGUUAUGGACAUUUUUCACUUUGUAAAGAAAGUUCUUGUCAUUUUUUACUUUUUAAAGAAAGUUCUUGCCAUAUUAACGAAAUAAACUAAUUUUUGAUGAUUUCAGAGCAUUCACUAUUGACGUGAAGAGAUCCGACUUCUGGGAGAUGGUCAUUCAUCACGUGGCAACGUUACUCCUGCUUUCACUGAGUUGGACUACGAAUUUUGUACGUGUCGGAACGUUGGUACUAAUCUGUCAUGACACUGCUGAUAUAUUCCUGUAGGUUUUUUGAAUUUUGACCUUUAUUUUUGGGCCUACCCAUACCCCUAUUACUACUCUUAUCCAUAUUCUUAACUUACCGCAAAAUAAAUAGCGAAAACUUUUUUUACAAAUUAAAAAAUGACAAAAUUUAUAUUAGGUAUGUUAGAGACUGUCAAAAACUUUGUUUUCGUCAAUGUUCCUCGAACUUUUUAUAAUCAAGCGCACCGUUGCUUAACUUGCCAGAUCGGACUGGAUCGCGCUUUCGCACUGUGCAAAACAGACAAAUAACGCUGCACGGUGCAGAAUUUAGUUUUUUCGCAAUAAUUUUGUUUACAAUGAUAGAAAAUGUCACUUUUGAUCAAUUUUCGGUUUAAAAAAAAAGCUUUCUUUACAAAAAAAUAAAAAGGGCAAGAACUUUCUUUACAAGACAAAAAAUGGCUAGAAUUUUUUUUACAAAACAGAAAAUGGCAAGAAAUUUCUUUAAAAACAUGAAAAUCUACUUUAUCUUACAGUACCUCCAUCAUACCGUACUUAUCUUUUUCCUGCUAUACCAUACCUUGUCCCUAGUCGUUUUUUAAUUUUUUUAAAUUUUCAGUGACCUUGGCAAACUGUUCCGCUACGCCAAAUGGGGCCGUGCCCUCACCGUGACGUUCCUCAUUUUGAUCGUUGUAUGGGUUGUAACCAGGAUACUCCUCUUCCCAUUAAUCAUCAUCAGAUCGAUUAUUUUCGCAGCUCCAAAGACAAUCCAAGCCGACUACGAGUGGCUGAACAUCACUCAACGACCAAUUGUACCACGCUUCUUCACUUGCUUAUUGAUCACGUUGCUGGCUUUACACUGUUUCUGGACGUUCUUGUUGUUCAAGGUGGCCUACAAGUCGUUACAAGAAGGAGAAGAUCUGAAUGAUAUCAGGGAAUCGGAUUCAGAUGAAGAGAAACCGAAGAAGGAGUAG